UCAGGGGGAGGAUGUGCUCUGCAAGAGGAUUUCACAGAAAGCCAAUAAGCAUUUUGUUUUUUGUUUUUUUUUUUGUUUAUUAGAGUUUCGGUGAGAAGUGUGUGACUACAUCGUGGAAGGGCAACCAGAGGACCCUGUGAGGUCCCCUGAUGCACUGAGAGCUGUAUGCUUGCAGUAAAAGGAGAUUAUCAAGGACCAUGGCAAGCAGUGAGAGCUUCAGUGUCAGCAUUUGUCAAAUGGAUUGUGACUAUGAGAACAUGGGAGAAGCUGAACCAGGUCAGGUAACCCUCCUCCAGAACAUUGCUGAACCAGCAGCCAGCACCCAGAGGUGCCCUGAAACCCUGCAGAUGGAUGUGAUUAGAGAAUGCACAGAUGAUUGCCAUAAAGCCAGAGACACUGAGGACAACAUAACUUCGGUUAGUCUGCAAACUUUAGCUUCAGACAGCUCGUCGAUCAGCAGCGACCACAUGAAAGAUGAGACCCUUAACACAGAGGGGAUCAGCUUUCUGCAGAGGAACUCCUGGUCUGCUGCCACCUUAAAGGUCCUCUCUUCAAUGCCGAGUCGCACUGCGGGGCCAAAUAAUGCUGCAAUAAUUUCCCAGUGUUCCCAGCACCAAACCAGACACCAGACUUCCUCCCAUGAUUCUCCUCAUCCCUCCAGACCAGUCCAGGUUGACUUUAGCGAGGUAGUGGAGGAAAUUAGUCCUGAAGAAAACAAAAAGGAGCAGAUGACAGCCAACCUCCGAGGCCUCUCAGUGAGUGAGGGCAUGCGCAAGCUGCGAGCCAUGCCACUUAGCCUGUCGGAUAAGAGGCAUCUCAGGCGACUUGCUUUCAGUGACGUAGCUAAAAGUUCACGCAUCAGCAGAAAUAUUCCAUGCUGCAGUAGUCUCAGUGUGUACAUUUCAAGGAUUUGGCGUCACUGCAUGUUCAGCUGCCUCCCCUUCCUCAGUUUCUUCCAGCUGUGGCAUUCAACCAUGAAGAGACUGAGCGGUCGUUUCGGAACUGGGGUGCUCUCCUACUUCCUGUUUCUCCGAACCCUCCUGCGCUUUAACUUCCUACUCUUCAUUAUCAUCGGUCUGUUUGUGGUCUUCCCUCAAGCCAUCCACCCCCCUCCUCUUUACGACUCUCAUCUCGACAAUUUCACUGGCCUUGAACUUCUCACGGGCAUGGGUUACCUCUCUCAGAGUGCGAUGUUCUAUGGCUUCUACACCGACACCAUCAUCAAAACUUGUCAGGCCGAUAACUCGACCCUUGGUUCCGUUGGUGAAUCACCUAAUAAGCCGAACUGUGAUCCUGACACUGCCCAGAUAGCGUUGUACAGCAUACCUGCAGCCUACUUCUUUACCAUUGCCAUCGCCUUCUUCAUUAUCUGCAUCAUCCUGGUGUACAGCAUGUCCAAGUCAUUUGGGAAAAGUUUUCAUGUCCUCAAGUCUAAUGGGAAUCUGGCAGUAAAAGUUUUCUGCAGCUGGGACUUUAAGCUCAGCAAGAAGACAUCUGUCAGAUUUCAGUCUGAGAAAAUCAGCACCCAGCUCAAAGAGCUUCUGUCUGAGAUGAUCAGCCGAAAAAAUGAGAAGAGUUGCAGGCAGCGUCUCUUCCGCCUCAUAGUGAAUCUGGUGGCAUGGGCUACAUGUCUAACUAGCAUCUUCCUGGGCACCACGGGAGUCCACUACUUGUCAGAGACCACCAUUAAGCUGGGUCCUGUUAAAGAAAGUGAGCUGCUGCUUUUGUCAGCAGUGGUGUCCGGCAUGAACCUGUUAUUCCCUGGCCUCUUCAACCUGUGUGCUUGGGUAGAGAAACAUGACUCACCCAGUGUCCGUGUCUGUGUCUCCAUCUUCAGGAACCUGUUGUUGAAGGUCAGUAUUAUUGGAGUGCUGUGUUACCGCUGGCUGGGGAGAAUUGCUGUGGAACCAGAAAGUCGUGGUUUACAGUGCUGGGAAAGCUUUGUGGGGCAAGAAGUUUAUCGCUUGCUCGUGAUGGACUUCAUCUUCACAGUGCUUUACACGUUUUUGGGAGAGUUCCUGUGGAGGUUCUAUUCAAAGAAAGUGCUGAAAAAGAACAGGAAACCAGUCUUUGACAUUGCUCGUAAUGUGCUUGAGCUUAUAUACGGACAAACUCUUACUUGGUUUGGGGUGCUCUUUGCUCCGCUGCUUCCUGCAGUCCAAAUCAUAAAACUGCUUGUGCUGUUUUACAUGAAGAAGAGCAGCCUGAUGCUCAACUGUCAGGCCUCCAAAAAACCCUGGAGGGCCAGUCAGAUGACAACACUGUUCAUCACUCUUUUAUGCUUCCCCUCAUUCCUCAGUGCUGCCGUGUCUGUCAGUUAUACAGUUUGGACGAUUAAACCCUCAUCAGGGUGCGGCCCUUUCAGGAAUCUCACCACAAUGUUUCAGUCAGGGAAGCAGUGGAUCCACAAGCUGGAGAAUUCCAACCCAAAUCUGUAUUGGGUCAGCUACAUCUACAACACUCUGGUGGAGAACCCACUGUUUUUAUUCCUUGCCACUGGAGUCUUUCUAAUGGUGAUUUACUUUCACGCUCAAGUUGUUGAUGGCCAAAGAAGAAUGAUCAGUCUGUUAGAAAAGCAAAUUGAAAAUGAGGGUAAGGACAAAAAGUUCCUCAUCACCCAAUUGCAAGCCCUUUGUGAACAGAAUAGUCUGGUUUCCCAUCAUAGAUAAGUCUGUGGCUGAACAACAUUCACAUCAUACUGUAGCAAUGGCAAGAUAUUAUCUCAGCACCGGCAAGCAUCGUUGCUUUGAUCUCAUCUGUGCCAAGAUCGUUGUCAGCAUGAGUGAAAACGUCACUGCCAAGUUGCCACGCGAACAAAAGUAAAAGCAAAACCUGUAACCGUAGAAUGUGUUGGUAUGAAAUACUUUCCAUAAUGUUUGAUGAGUCCUUAAUCUGCUGGAUUAACACAACAUGAAUCACUGGCUGUUAGCACUGUAAUGCAGCCAUGAGUAUUUAUUAAUAAAUAGAGCUCUUGGUGCACGUCAGGAUCUUUAUUUUUUAAUGCAUAUAUUUGUAGUUGUUAUUGUUAGAUUCUGUUAAAGUUCAUGAAUCGCGGUCUUCAAUGUGUUGCAUGAAAAGACAUAAUAAACAUGUUUGAAAAUAUCUGCUAUGUUACUGGAAUAAAGAACCCUCUUGAUGUGUUUUUGGCAAAUUA